UACCUCCUUUCCUUCCUCUGAUGUACUGCAAGUCUUGUCCUGCUGCCAAUACCACCACAAUAGAUUACAGCGCUUCUCUGAAUAGAGAUACUGAAAGUCAGUGACUCCAUUUUCUGACCGUCAUAGAUGGUAACUGCAAUGCUGAAGACACUGGGCGAGUCGCUCCUCCUCAGCUCUUCUGUGUGAGGGCCAAAGACGACAAGAGACUGAAUUAUCUGAAUUAUGCUUCUACAACAGAACUGGGUUUCUCCUCACUGGGCAUGGCAGAGCCUGGGGAAGUCCUUCCUUUUGUUUAUUUUCUUAAUGUUACGAACAGCUGAUUUGGAAGCCAGGAGAGGUCAUCAAUUUGUCUGGAAAACAGGUCACUGGGGCCGGUGUGUCGGUGACUGUGGCUCAGGGGGCGUCCGGAGUCGGGCUGUCUGGUGCACCCAUGUAGAGGGCUGGACAACAUACCACGCGAACUGCGACCAGAAGGACAAACCUGAAAGCCAGAGGAGGUGCUUUAAAGUCUGCGACUGGCACCUGGAGCUGUUCGAGUGGGAGGUUACGGGAUGGGAAAGGUGUGGGCUUGUUCCCUUUGCUGGCAGUGAGGUGGGAGCCGGGUCUUGCGUCACCGCGCAGCACGGACUGCAGCGCCGGAGCAUCCGCUGCCUCCAGAAGCUGAACAGAACCGUUGUCACCAACGAAAUAUGUGAGUAUUUCACGCCACAGCCGCCCGCUGAGCAAGCCUGCCUGGUGCCCUGCCCGCGGGACUGCGUUGUGUCCGAGUUCUCCAGCUGGUCUGAGUGUGGCACGGGCUGCGCCAAGAGCUUGCAGCACCGGACGCGGGCAGUCAUCGCUCCUCCUCUCUAUGGGGGUGCCCCCUGCCCAAAUCUGACAGAAUCCAGAGCCUGUGGCACUCCUGCCUGUCCUCUCGGGGAGGAGGAGCACACCUACAGCCUCCGAGUGGGGUCUUGGGGCGAAUGCCAGCUGCCCCAUCCUAAAGACGUCGGCCUGGCAGGGAGGACUAUGCAGGAUUUGGGUUUGGACUCUGGAGAGCAAAGCACGUCUGGACUUCAAGGCUAUAAACCCCACCACCGUCCCUGGGAGGUGGAGAUUGGUUACCAAACCAGGCAGGUCAGGUGUGUAAGGAGCGAUGGAAAAAACACAGCUCUGAGCCUCUGCAUGCAAGAUCCUGUCCCUUUGACCUUCAAGUCGUGUGUCAUCGCUAAAGACUGCGAGACGACGGAGUGGUCCGCGUGGAGCACCUGCUCGCGGACCUGUGGCUGGGGAGAGCUUGCCCCGGGCUUUCGGAGCCGGCGCCGUGGCGUGAGGAGUGUGGCAGUGGGCGCCGGGAAGCCAUGCCCAGAGCUGGAAGAGAGGGAAGCGUGCAGCAUGGGAGGAAAAGAGCUGUUGCAGCCUUGCCCCAGGUUUGCCUGGAGGACUUCUGAAUGGAAAGCUUGCCAAGUGUCUCUUCUUUACCAGGAGGACCCUCGCUACCAAAAGCACGUAGAUCUGUGUGGAGGUGGCAUACAAACCCGGGAGGUCUACUGUGUCCAAAUCACCGUGGAACUUGGGAUGCAUCGACUGAAGGAAGUUACUAGACCAGUUGAUGGGAAGCUAUGCCUGGGUCCUGCUCCAUCCACCUCCCAGCUGUGUAACGUGCCAUGCCCGGCCGAGUGCGUGGUGUCUGCCUGGUCGGCGUGGGGCCCCUGCCUUCACGAGAACUGCCAGGACCGCCACGGAAGAAGAGGCUUUAGAAUGAGACAAAGGCAGGUCAUUGUAGAUCCCGUAGGUGCCCUGGCAGAUUGUCCACAUUUAAUUGAAUCUAUUCCUUGUGAAGACCCGGUGUGUUACGAGUGGAUCGUUUCAGAAGGAAUAUGUGUGACUGACCAUGGAAAAUGUGGACCUGGAAACCGCAUCCUGAAAGCUGUAUGCAAGAACAAGAAAGGUGAAGAAGUAUCACAUCACCUCUGCUCAGAGCUUCCCCGUCCUGAAGUUGUAGCUUGUGAAAUCCCUUGUGCAACAGACUGUGUCCUCAGUGAGUGGUCUCCGUGGUCCCCAUGUUCCCACUCAUGCUCCAGUAAAAAUGCUGAGGGCAGGCAAAGCAGGAGUAGGUCCAUCUUGGCCCUUCCGGCUGAGGGUGGAAAAGCCUGUCCCCCUGACCAAGCCCUGCAGGAGCACCGUGCCUGUAAUGAUCACCCGUGUGCACAUUUUUUCUGGGAAACUUCUCCCUGGAGCCCUUGCUCUGAAGAUGUGCUGGUAACUGCGCUCAACGCGACCAUUAAUUGGAGCAGAGAAGCCACUUGUGGAGUGGGCAUACAGACAAGGAAAGUCUUCUGCAUGAAGAGCAGUUCUGGCCAGGUCACACCUAAACGAUGUCCAGAGUCCAUCAGACCUGAGACGGUGCGGCCAUGUCUCCUCCUCUGCAAGAAAGACUGUGUUGUUACACCUUUCAGCGAGUGGACUCGCUGCCCAACAACAUGUCAGUCUGGCAAUGCCACUGCAGUUAAGCAGUCCCGGUAUAGGAUUAUCAUUCAGGAUGCUGCCAAUGGGGGACAGGCAUGCCCAGAUACCUUGUAUGAGGAAAGAGAAUGUGAAGAUAUUCCCAUCUGUCCAGUGUACAGGUGGAAGACCCACCGCUGGAGUCACUGUGUGCUGGUGCCAGAUUCAGUGAGACAGGGGGUGCCGGGACACAAUGAGGCAUGUGGACGCGGCUUGCAGUCAAGGGCUGUUACGUGCUUGUCGGAGUAUGACGACUCUGCUGAUGUCGGUGACUGCAUGCGGUGGGCAGGAUCUAUGCCGUCUCUUGUACAGGAGUGUCUCAUUCCCUGCAAAGAUGACUGCACAUUUAGCCCCUGGUCUAAAUUUACAGCAUGCUCAUUUGACUGUGAAUCAACUAGAAGUAGGAGACGGUCACUCACAGGGCGAAGCAGAAAGCGAGACAAAUGCCAGAAUACCGAAGUUUAUCCUCAAGUUGAAACAGAGCUGUGCCCCUGUGAGGUGUUUACCUCCCAGCCCCAUGGAAAUUGGUCGGACUGCAUUAUCGGAGGAGGCACAUCUGAGCUGCAGUUGGGAACGCAAUCCCACAGAGAUGCCAAGGAGUGUGGCGACGGUGUACGGCUUCGAGCUAUUGCCUGUUAUGAUAAGACCGGCAGACUCGUGGAACCAUCUCGCUGUAGCAGUUCGGGUUACAUUGAAGAAUCUUGCACGGUCCCUUGCCCGUUUGAUUGCAAAUUAAGCGAUUGGUCCAGUUGGUCCCCUUGCAGCUCUUCUUGUGGACCGGGGGUGAAAGUCCGAUACAGGUGGCUUAAGGAGAAGCCUUACAAUGGAGGUCGUCCCUGCCCAAAGCUGGAUCUCAAGAAUCAGGUGUACGAGGCAGUCCCAUGCUACAGCGAGUGCAAUCAGUAUUCUUGGGUUGUAGAACCAUGGUCUCCGUGCAAAAUCAACAGUGAACAAAACUCCCUCCACUGUGGAGAAGGAAUACAAACGAGGAAAAUCAGGUGUGUGAGUACUGCUGAGGAGCACGGAGGGGAGACUGUACCCAGUGCACUGUGUAAUCAGGCUGAAAUCCCAGAUAUGAUGCAGAAGUGUAGCUUGUACUGUCCCAGUGAGUGUGCGCUGUCUGACUGGGGCCAGUGGAGCACGUGUCCGCAGGUAUGUGAUCCGAAUAUUAUGCAAACCCGAACUCGACAAGUGCUAAGGUCUUCUGUCAAUACAAAGCCCUGCCCUGAAGAUUCACAAAUGAAGCCAUGUAUUCUUAACCAGAAUUGCUUCCAAUAUCAGUACAAUCUAACAGGAACUAGGGAUCCUGAUGAAUCACAAAAAUCUCCCUUUCUUUCUUCCUCCGGGUCUCCUUCACCGUGUCCUGUCUUCUCCCCUCGCCUAGGCCAGAUGGUGCGUGGGCGCUCGGUGGUCCUGCGGGCAGCGGGCGAGGGCAGACCCUGCCCGGAGCAGCUCACCCAGCACAGGAGCUGCCCGGUGAAGCCCUGCUACAGCUGGCUGCUGGGCCCGUGGUCUCCCUGCAGACUCCAGGGUGGACAGUGUGGAGAUGGAUUGCAAGUCCGCAACCUCACGUGUGUAGUGCAUGAUGCAUCUGAUUCUGCUACAUCUAAACCAGUAGAAAAUGCAUUAUGUGGUGAGCUGCCAUCGAAAGAGAGUGUGCUGCAGUUACCAUGCUCUGUGCCUUGCCCAGGUGAUUGCCACCUGACAGAGUGGUCAGAGUGGAGCUCCUGCGAGCUCACCUGCAUCAAUGGCAGGAGCUUUGAGACAAUGGGGCGCCAGUCUCGAUCCAGGGCAUUUAUUGUCCAGUCUCCUGAGAACCAAGAGAGCUGCUCCGGACAAGCGAUGGAGACACGGCCUUGCUCAGGAGGGAAGUGUUAUGACUACCUGUGGAAAACCAGCCUUUGGCGAGACAAUGUACGCACAGUGUGGUGCCAACGCUCAGAUGGAAUAAAUGUCACAGGAGGGUGUGCUCUUCGGACGAAACCUGCAGACGUUCGGCACUGCAGCCCACCGUGCAGAAAGCCCUUCUCCUACUGCACGCAGAGAGGAGUCUGCGGUUGUGAGCGAGGAUAUACAGAAAUAAUGAGAUCAAAUGGUUUCCUGGAUUACUGCAUGAAGGUACCAGGUUUAGAAGAUAAGAAAGCUGAUGUUAAGACCAUUGCUGGAAAAAAUAAACCUGUCAACUCAAAAAUGCAUGACAUUUUCAAAGGAUGGUCUAUUCAACCUUUUAAUCCAGAUGGUAAACUGAAGAUGUGGGUAUAUGGAGUAUCAGCUGGCGGGUUCCUCAUCAUAGUUUUCCUGAUUUUUACAUCCUACCUGAUGUGCAAAAAAACAAAGCAGCAUCAAAGCACUCCUCCUCAGCAGAAGCCUCUAACCUUAGCCUAUGAUGGAGACAUUGAUAUGUAACAUAAAAAAGAAAUCCAAAUGUAGACAUCGACUGCCUUAACUGCUUUCUUUUUUGGAACUCUCCGACUUCUCAGUUUUUUGAGGAAUCUUCUGAUGUGUAAUAUACCAGGCAGAACAGAAGUAUUGCAAGCUUAAAAUUUUGCCACUUUAUUAAAAAAAAA